AUGAAGCGCAGCCGUAGUCCGUCUCCACAGGGAUUCCGGGUCAAGAAGAACUCGCUGCUGCAAAAGGUGCUUGCUGAUCCCAAGAAGCAAAUGGAGAUUGCUAAUGAGAAUGCAGCUGGAGCCAAGUACGUGAUCGACGGCCCUCUGCGUCGGGUACCUCCGUACUACUAUACGUACCUGACUUUUGCGAAAGAGCGAUGGCUUAAACGCACGCUUUUGGACGUGUUCACAACUGAAUUCAGAGAUAAAGAAGAGAGCUACUACAAAAAAGCUAUUGAGACUGGGCAGGUCACUGUGAACAAGUUAGCAGCAGGCGUUGAUCAGGUUUUGAAAAACGGUGAUCUCAUCAGUCACCGCACCCAUAAACACGAACAACCGGUUUCAAGUCGACCCAUCAAAAUCGUCUAUGAAGACGACGAUAUGGUUGUGAUCGACAAGCCCGGUGGCAUCCCAGCUCACCCCACUGGUCGCUUCAACUUUAAUAGUGUUGUCCAGGCCUUAAAGUACGAACACAACCUGGAAUGCCAUCCUUGCAACCGGCUGGACCGGUUAACUAGUGGCUUGAUGUUUUUGGCAAAAAAUCCCAAAUUCGCUGAACGAAUUGGACAGCAGAUCCGUGAUAGAGAAGUCUCAAAGCAGUACUUGGCCCGGGUCGUUGGCGAGUUCCCACUGGGAACAGUUGUCUGCGAAGAGCCUGUGUCCACUGUCAAUCCUAAAGUUGCUCUUAAUAUGGUGGAUUAUAGUGAAACCGGAAAAGAAAGCAAGACAACGUUUCAGCGGGUGAGCUAUGAUGGCACAACCAGUAUUGUGAAAUGCCUGCCUCACACGGGUCGAACGCAUCAAAUUCGUGUUCAUUUGCAGUUCCUCGGUCACCCAAUUGCGAACGAUCCUGUUUAUUCAAACCCCCAGGUUUGGGGAGAGACUCUGGGCAAGCUGGCAUACAAGAAAAUGGAGGUUCCCAAUGAGAAGGUGCCCAAAGAUGGUGUUGCUGUCGAUGUCAAAGAAGUUUCAGUCCGCUUGGACUCUAUAGGCAAAACAGAACCCGCCAGAUCGUGGUGGGAUCAAUCACCUGGUGAGAGGCUCAGUGGAGGGAAGUGCGAAGUUUGCUCUUCUCCGCUAUACACCGAUCCAGGCCCCAAUGAUUUGGAUUUGUGGCUGCACGCAAUGAAGUAUGCAGCAGACGACGGCAGCUGGUCAUUUGAAACCGCUGUACCUGACUGGGCUGCCGAGACGCAUAACAAAUUCAUGGAAAUGGCUCUUCGGGAAGCCGAAAAAGCGCCCCUCGUGGACUCAGCUUUUUGUGUGGGUGCAGUUCUUGUCAAGGACGGCCAAGUGCUAGAGACAGGAUACACUCGUGAGCUGGAAGGUAACACGCACGCUGAACAGUGCGCCCUUGCAAAGUACGCCGCAAAGCACGACAGCCCAGUGCCAGAUGGUACUGUUCUAUACACCAGCAUGGAGCCAUGCUCACUACGUCUUAGCGGCAACGAGCCGUGCGUAGAUCGCAUUCUGAAAACUCCAAUCAAGACAGUCUUUGUGGGCGUGGUCGAGCCCGGCGAUUUCGUCAAGGAAAACGACGGCCAGAAAAAACUCGAAAAUGCCGGUGUUAUCUAUCUACAUAUCCCCGGUUUCGAGGACGAAGCUAUCCGCAUUGCUAAGCGCGGCCAUUCUGAUGCUAAUUCCUAA